CUGCCGCUCCCCGUGCGGCGCCUCCUCCGCCCGGCAGCGCGGCGGGCGGGCAGAGGGACGGGAGCUCGCCGCCGCCGCCGCCGCUUCGGAGCUGUGGCAGCGCAGCCGGACCCCGCGGCCCGCCUUGAGGGCGGCGGUGGGGAGCGUCUCCGCUACCGGCCAUGGAGCUCUCUCUGCGGCUGCUCCUGGCAUCCUGCCUCUCCCUGGGGGUGGCCGGCGAGUUUGACAGGAGGUGGCCCAGACAAAUAGUCUCCUCCACAGGACUGUGUCGGUUUGGGAGUAGAAUUGACUGCUGCUGGGGCUGGGCCCGGUUGUCCUGGGGACAAUGCCAACCGUUCUACGUCUUAAGGCAGAGAAUAGCCAGCCUAAGGUGCCAGCCCAAAGCUAUAUGCCAGCCAGGAUGCAAACAUGGCGAUUGUGUUGGGCCAAACAAGUGUAAGUGUCACCCGGGAUACACUGGAAAAACCUGCAACCAAGAUGAGCAGCUGUAUACAAGUCCACCUGGUCACAGCAGUGAAGCACGUCUGUUCCGCCCCCUGGAUCAUCAUGCAAGAAAUAUAGGAUCAAGGGAUCUAAAUGAGUGUGGACUAAAGCCGCGGCCGUGCAAACACCGGUGUAUGAAUACCUACGGCAGCUACAAGUGCUACUGUCUGAACGGCUACAUGCUUAUGCCAGAUGGAACGUGCUCGAAUGCCCUUUCCUGCUUGAUGGCAAACUGUCAGUAUGGCUGUGAUGUGCUGAAAGGGGAAGUGCACUGCCGCUGUCCAUCUCCAGGACUACAGCUAGGGCCUGAUGGCAGGACUUGCAUAGAUAUUGAUGAAUGUGCUACUGGGAGAGUCAUCUGUCCACAAUUUAGGCACUGCGUCAAUACUUUUGGAAGCUACAUUUGCAGGUGUUAUAAAGGAUUUGAUCUAAUGUACAUCGGAGGCAAAUACCAAUGCCAUGAUAUAGAUGAAUGUUCCCUUGGCCUCCAUCAGUGUGGUAGUUUUUCACGAUGUUACAAUAUCCCAGGAUCCUACAAAUGCAAGUGUAAAGAAGGGUACAGAGACAACGGAACAAGCUGCAUACAAAGACCGGUGGUCAGACCAACAACUCAACUUACACCCAGGCCAACGACUCGACCUACACCCAGGCCAACGACUCGACCUACAACCAGGCCAACGACUCGACCUACAACCAGGCCAACGACUCGACCUACACCCAGGCCAACGACUCGACCUACACUCAGGCCAACGACUCGACCUACACCCAGGCCAACGACUCGACUGACAGCAAGGCCAACCACUAGGUAUGUGCCCGUGACAACAAGGCCAGUGACAAGGCCUCCACCUCCAACACCACCUCAACCUACAACAUUAAGACCUACACUACCACCACAAACAACUCCCCUGAUAACAACUGAAGAGCCUUCACAUAUUCCUAUUGAAACUACAUCUUCCCAAGGAAUUACAGAUGACAACAGGAUCCAGGUAGAUCCCCAGAAACCCCGAGGAGAUGUGUUCAUUCCACGCCAGCCUGGAGUGAGCAAUAAUCUGUUUGAAAUACUUGAAAUUGAAAGAGGGAUUACUGCUGAUGAAUUUGAAGCAAACGAUGACCCAGGUCCGCUGAUACACAGCUGUAAUUUUGACAGCGGACUGUGUGGAUGGAUCAGGGAUAAAGAGGAUGAUUUGCACUGGGAGCCAGUGAGAGAUGCAUCAGGGGGGCAGUACCUUACAAUCGCUGACCCCAAAGGCAAAGAAGGAAGAGUAGCGCGUCUCAUCCUGCCGUUGGGCCACGUGGCUCAGACCGGCGACUUGUGCCUGUCGUUCCGGCAUAAAGUGCCUGGGCUGCAUUCUGGCACCCUCCAAGUCUUUGUAAGGAAAAACGGUGCUCAUGGACCAGCUGUCUGGGGAAGGAAUGGAGGCCAUGGCUGGAGACAGACACACAUAACUUUACGAGGACAAGGCAUCAAGAGUGUUAUCUUCAAAGGAGAGAAAGGGGAAGGAAGAAUUGGGGAUAUUGGACUAGAUGAUGUGGUCUUAAGGAGAGGACACUGCUCUGAAGAGCAUUAGCAAAGACAAUGGACCAGCACAGUUGUUCUCCUCUAGCCCUUCUCAUGCUAUUCCUACCAGGCUUUGAAACAGAAUUGCAUGAAAGAGAAGAAAAAGUUGAAGAGUUGACAAAUUUGCAGUGGUGUGCUAAGUGCAGUCUCACUGAAGAACAUGGAGGAGCAUCUCCCAGGAUUCAGGAACUCCAAUCCCAUGCUGGUUGUUUCUAUUAAUCCUUACCACUAAAUCAUAUUUUAUAUGUAAUAACUUUAUCACCUGCUAAGCCUGGUGAGCGCUCAUGCAAAGAGCACUUGUGAAAAAGGGAGAAUUACAAAUGGUGGCAAAAGAAAACUCCUGCCCAGCAAGUUUUAGUGUUAACUGGUAGUCUUUAUCUUCCCAUUGUGCUGCUUUCAUUGAUUAGAUUUGGCACAGUGGGAUUGAUCUAGCUUCAGAGUCACCUCAGAUUAAUGGGAGCCUGGACCUGAACUUUGGCUUACUGCCACCGACCUUUGAAGAAGGGUUUGCUUCAUAUUUAAUAGCGUAUAUUUUGGUGUUGCAUCGGUAUUAACAAGAAGCAGUUAUAGAGACUAGGCUCUGCCUCCUGUAAUAUUGCUGCUGCUGUGUUUUGUGUAUAUGUGUAUGGUUAUAACAUAUUUAUGGUUUUAAUAUUUACAGACUCUAGUUGCAAGGUAAUUGGCAGCUGUGCUUUCUUAUUGUACGAGACGGGAGUUCAGCAUGUUCUUUGAUCCCGCUGGUCAUGCCAAUAGUUACGUUACCAAAGUCAGUUAAUGGUGCUCAUUGAAAAACGCUGGUGCAGUUUUUCACAUAAUAUGCUGAAGGUGAAAAGACCAAACCCUUAGAUGUAAACCAGCAUCUGAUUAAUGCUGUACAGGUUUGCAUUUAGCUCAGGAGCAAGUCCCAAAGGGCUCUCAAUCCUGCAAGAAACUCCUGGUUCAGUUGAAAACUGAGCAGCCUGGAGAAGAUAAUGUGCUGUGGCUUGUAAGUCCUCCCCUGUUGACCCCACCAGAAAUGUUCUCUUCCCACAGGUGACACAAGCCAAAAGGGCAGCCACGUUAACAAACACUCCGUGAACAAUUCAGACCAUGAAAUGCCUUCAGUGAUCUUUGUUAAGCGUCCAUAUUCCACCCAACCCUUCUGUACAUAAUAAACACUUCAGAACUCAAAUAGCUGUUAGACCUAGCUGGGACUAAAUAUUUAUCAGAACUUUGGACUAAUUUUUUAGUUAUGUAUCAUGCGUGUGGUGUGCAGUUUCCCAGGGAAUUCUGCUGUUUGGUUUGGGGUAUUUGUAAACGAGGAUCAUCACCACCAAUCAUUGCUGCUAACAAUUGAAAUUUGACAGAUUAAUUGUAACAUUGAAGAAAAUGACAAAAGAUUGAUAGAAUGUUGUUUAGUGGUGCAGCCUUAAAGCUUCAGAACUAGAUGAUCUUGAGGUCCUUCCCAACCCUAACUAUUCUGUGAGUCAUAAUGUAUAUAUAGAAGGAACAAGUCUCAAAUCUUUUAAAUACUUAAAUACAAUAUAAAGUAUAUACCACUUUCAUAUCAUGUUUUAAAAUCAUAAUGAAUAAAUGUUCAUGUUAAGCCUUGCACAAAGUCCACAGAGACAAAACUGCAAGACUGUUAGAGGUUGUAUUCCCAGCCCCUUAGUACUGUUCUGAAAGGAUUUCUGCAGUUUAUCCCCUAGGACAAAGCAGGGUAUGUACAGCAGAAGUUUCUUUGACCAAACAGCCUGCAAAAGUGUAUCAGCAAACAUUUUGCAUAGGAAAAAAACCAACACAUUUGUAAACAUUUUUGAACUGUUUUGCUUCAAAUAUGAUUGAUUGUGAUCUUUUUCUUAUGUUACUUUGUAAUAUGUCAGAAAUAUUUGUGAAUAGUUGAAAUACCUUGUUCUUAUUAUAAAGUAAUCAGUAAAGGAGGCUGUUACUUGUUACUAA